AAAUACGGAAGCACAAACCGCGAUGUUUUGAAACUCUUCACCAUUUGAUAAUAUUCAAAUUAAUACGCAUUGUGUUCAUCGAAAUCCCCUUUAAAUCAAUUGUAUUUGUCGUUGAAUUGUAUAAAAAGUAUUUAACAUGCAACAUACAAAUCGAGUGUAAUUAAUAUUAUGAAAAGUAGGAUUAAGUAGCGCGCUAACUAUUAUUAGCUAACUUUUCCGUGUUGUCUAGGAAACGGAAACGCGCAAACAAAAGACGCAGGAUGUGACUCACUAAUCAACAAUUUCAACUUUAGAAACUUUUCUCCUGGCGACCAUGGUGCGGUCUGCCAGAGAUAACGAUGUCCCGUCUUUAGACAUUUAUUCUGAAGAUGAAGAUAAUACUGCAUUAACAGGAAUAAGCAACACUUCGGAUGAGAGCGGCGUGAAGCGCAGGGUAACGCCUGGGCGGCUCCCCGCACGGCCGCGGCUCUGGAGAGACACUCACCUGUGGCCCGCUCGGUUCUCUGUGCUCUGCAGCAUAGUCAUCGUCUCAUUCAUCGCUGUGCUGAUCUCAUUCUUGUACAUCGUAUUAAAAGAUUUAAGAGCAGAAAGGAUAACCACUGAAGAUGGAUCAGAAGUGAGACUCCUGGGUUUUUGGAGUAUUUUGGUCCUGUCUUCUGUGGCUGGAGUUUUGUGUUGCAGUUUCUCCUGGACUCUAACCUACUUUGACUCCUUUGAGCCAGGAAUGUUCCCUCCAACUCCUCUUUCUUCAGCCAGACUCAAAAGAAUGACCGGACACUCUUUCCACAUGGGCUACAGUAUGGCAAUACUCAAUGGAAUAGUGGCUGCUCUCACUUUUAUGUGGUAUCUCAACUGAUGCUCCUCAACUACCGCCCAUCUGCGGAGACCUCGACUGUCAUUUAACUCGCAAUUAUCAGGAGGCAAUUCCAAGUUUAAUGGCAGCAGGAACCGUCAAAUAAUGUUACUAAUAUAAAAAAAAAAAAUGAACAAAAACUAAAAAUUGAAUACUAGUUUUAAAACUUUAUUACAUUUAAAUUUCUCAGUCGUUAAGACACUGAAUAAAACAAUAAGUACACAGACUAAAAAAAGAUGGACAAUGUGUCUCCACUUCCUUCCACUGUAGAAAAAUGAAGCCAAAAUGUCCUGUUGACAUCUUGCACUGAUUACGUCAUUCGGAGCCUAAAGGGAUUCUGAGGUAGAGCCGCGGUAUUAAGGUCCCGCCCACACUUCAGCAGACACAAACAGCUGUCAAUCGUGACAUUACAUCCCAUUUUUAUAGCAUCAAAUAACUAACUAAAACCAAACUUAUUGGAAAAACAAACUCUUAGCGUGAUAAGAACUACCUAAAAUGACAGAAACCAUCUUUGAAAAACAUGUAUUUGAAGUGUAAUUGGAUUUUUUUAGUUUGGCUCACGUCCCAUUCAAUUACAUGGAGAGGGCGGGGUUUAUGACCUAUACCGCAGCCUGCCACCAGGGGGUGAUCAAUGUUUUGGCUUCACUAUUCAGGACGUUUGAGGCACACUUGCAAAGUCCAAUUUUUUUUUUUUUUUUUUAGAGGAUUUCUCAUAUUUUAAUAUAUGCUAAUUUGACAAAUUCAAUAAACGCACAUUGACUUUUUCUUAAUGGACUACAUUUCAGUAAAAUGGCAUUAGGGUUGUCAGGGUCUCUUUGUUUCCUAGUUAUUUUGUCUGAUAAAAGGCUUUUAUUACAGAAUCCUGUUGCUGCAGCUUUUUACCAUUACAAUAGCAGUGCAUUAAAUCUGCUUUUUGCCCUUUUGAUGUCAUUCAUUUAGUAGGACAACACGUACAGUAAAUGCAUUUAAGACUUUCUAAAUAAAUUGGACGUGCCUUUUAGGACCUCCUCUUAGCAAAGACUAGAGUCCCUUUGCAGUUUUGCUUUAUUAAAGCUGGAAGUUGCUGCUCUAUUGAGCGUUUUAAUGGGGGAAAUCAUUAAUACAAUAGCUGUUUUGUGGUUGAUGGAGAGUGACCGUGUUAAAGCUUUGUUGAGAGCCUGGGAGAAGGUCAGAGAGUGUACAAGUGUGGAUUUAAUUUAUGACUUUAAUUAUUUGAUGCAGACUCUGCCAGGCCAUGAUUACUUUUUUCUUCUUCAUUAGAUUAGCAGGCCCUGUAGCGACUCAUUUCAGCUAUGAACUGGUCUGUCUCGUUUAUAAAUGGAGUAUUAAUGUAUUGCCGCCUCUGUGAGUGUAUGUGGUUCCUAUAAUUUGUUUUCCUUUACAAGAAAUUUCCAUCUUCGUUUUAGCACAUUUAAAUAGACAUUAAAAGGUUAGUUCACCCAAAAAUGUAAAUUCUGUUUUCAUUUACUCACCCUCAUGUCGUUCCAAACCCGUAAAGGCCCGUUCACACCAAGAACGGUAACUAUAAAGAUAACUAUGAUAAUAACUAUAUUUGCGUCCACGCUAACAAACAAUAACGGUGUGUUUAUUCUAAGCUCACACGCCGCGGUUUCAAAGUGUGUACAACGUGUUUUUGCAAUUCUUGUUGCAUUUACAGGCUUUAACCAGCAGAUGUCCUCAGCAUGCUAUGUUUUGAGUGAAUAGCUAGUGUAAUCGAUCUAAUCUAACAGUCAAUUUAGCUGACAAAGUCUAUAUAGCGGAAUCAAAACAACACCUAGUCUUUUUCGCUGCAACUUCAAAGGAAGCAAGAACUAGCGCUGGAUAUCUGAGGUAAUUUUAUGUUACACUGUUUGCUAGCCUGGCAUAAUGAUCUCAACAUUAAUACUGCUCAUCAUUUAUUCGAGGGUAUGACCGAUUGUUUUUCAUAUUUAUUCAUACAUUUUCUUUAAAUUAUCCUUGAAAAUGGGGUUUGACUUAUCAAACAUUGGUGGAUUUUUCUUGACCUCGGCGAUUAACUUCUCACAAUGUCGUCUGUCAUUUUAAAUGCGCGAGCUUUUAAAAUAGAAUGGAUUCUGAUUGGCUGUCAGUGUUUCAUCGUUCAGCAGCUGGAAAAUAUCAUUCUGAAAGUGAUCCCAAUGAUAUAAUUUCUCUGUAUUGUUAUCGUUAUAGCUGUGGUGUGGACAGUGCUAUUCUUUUAUAUUUAUAACGAUUUUCAGAACUAUAUCUUUAUCGUUAUCUUUAUAGUUAUCGUUCUUGGUGUGAACGGGCCUUUAACACUUUUGUUCAUCUUUGAAACAUAAAUGAAGAUAUUUUACUGAAAUCAGAGAGAUUUCAGUCCUUCUGUUGACAGUCCACGCAACUUUCAUUAUAUAAAGUGAUCGAGUCUUUUCAGAAAAUGUGGACUUUGGGUUCAUAUGGAUUACUUUUACGAUCUCUUUAUGAACUUUUUGAAGCGACAAAGUGGUAGUUGCAUCAUGGACUGUCAAUGGAGGGACAGAUAUCUUUCAGAUUUCAUUUAAAAUAUCUUCAUUUGUGUUUCGAAAGAGGAGUGAAAGUCUUAAGGUUUUGGUACGACAUGAGGAAAGGUAAUUAAUGAAUUUUUUCAUUUUUGGGUGAACUAACCCUUUAAUUCUUGUUUGAGGAUUUUAGCAUUUCCAGAAGUAAUUUAUCCAUCUCAGCACCUGUUGCACCUACAUUAGUCGGGUAUUUUAAGGUAAAAGAGAGAUGAUUGUAUGCAUGCAUGAGCACACUCUCCAUGUUUUUUGUUUCUUAGCCUUACAAAACCUGUUCUUGCAUGACUUGGUGAUUAAAGUGUCUCUUUUAAUGCUGUUUCUGUUGAGGUGAAGGUCUGUCUGAAGUAAACAAAUCCAAACACACAUUCAGUCGUGCAGCACAGCUGUCACAGACAAUAUCCCAUCCUGAAACCACCUGACUUGGAGGUUGACUGAUUUCCUUACUUGUUUUCCUGCCAUUUAAAUAAUCAGGGAUGUAAAAACAACACUGGAAUAUUCAUUGCUUACCCAAGAAGUGGGAUAUUGUGUCAAAUAACGCUAGCAGAAUGAAUAUUGUAAGAAUUUAUUUAUGCAAAAAGCAAUAAAUUUGCAGUUUAAAUAAAAAA